AUGCUUGCUCAUUCGAACUUCAAAACUUCUUACUUAGCGGGGAAAGGACACUCUCCUGCCAAUCUCCCCUCAAUGCGCCGUUGUUCGCAGCCGCCGACUACCGUGUCUAAGAAAGAAGACGCCACCGAGAGCCCUACAAUGAAGAGGUGCAAACAAGCGAAAUCGAAGGCAGAACCCAACACAUUAGGCGAUAUGGAGGACAUUAAUUUCAGCACAGAGGAAAUUCCAGAUAUUAGGGCUUCUUUACUGAAAUGGUACGAUGAAAAUCAAAGAGAUCUUCCUUGGAGAAGAAUAAGCAAAAAUGGAGAUAAUGGUGGUAUUAGCGUUGAAGAGAGAGAGAGAAAGGCUUACGCGGUUUGGGUGUCUGAAGUAAUGCUUCAGCAAACGAGGGUUCAGACUGUCAUUGAUUAUUACAAUCGGUGGAUGGAGAAAUGGCCUUCUAUUCAUCACCUCGCUAAGGCUGAUAUUGAGGAGGUCAAUGAGUUGUGGGCAGGCUUGGGUUAUUAUAGGCGGGCUCGAUUUUUGCUUGAGGGAGCCAAAAUGAUUGUUGAAGACAAAACUGAGUUCCCAAAAACAGUCUCUUCUCUUCGGAAGGUCAAAGGAAUUGGAGAUUACACUGCUGGAGCAGUCGCAUCUAUUGCAUUUAAUGAGACAGUGCCGGUGGUUGACGGAAACGUAAUCAGAGUGAUUGCCAGGCUAAAGGCUGUAUCUUCAAAUCCAAAGGACUCAAAAACAGUCAAGAAUUUUUGGAAACUAGCUGGCCGAUUAGUUGAUCCUUCUAGGCCUGGUGAUUUUAAUCAGGCUCUCAUGGAGCUUGGUGCAACAAUAUGCACCCCUUUGGGCCCCAACUGCUCCACAUGCCCGAUAUCACAUCAAUGUCAUGCACUAUUGCUCUCUGCUAAGGACAAAUCAGUUCAAGUCACAGACUACCCAAUGAAGGUUGUCAAGGCCAAACAACGACAUGAUUUUUCUGCUGUCAGUGUGGUUGAGAUAGUAGAGGGGGAUGAAUCUCAAUCUGACAGUAGGUUUCUUCUCGUAAAAAGGCCAGAUAAGGGGUUGCUUGCUGGACUCUGGGAAUUCCCAUCUGUUCUAUUGGAGGGAGAAAUUGACUUGGCCUCACGGAGAAAGGCAAUUGAUAAUUUUUUGAAACAAUCAUUCGGUUUAGACAUUAGAAAGUCCUGUAAAAUAGUUUCAAGGGAAGAAGUGGGAGAAUAUGUCCACGUCUUCAGUCACAUUCGUCUCAAGAUGUGCAUAGAAUUAUUGAUUUUGAAUCUGAAAGGAGGGAAAACAUGUAUGCAAAGAAUGCAAGAGAGUGCAACAUUGACUUGGAAGUAUGUUGAUGGUGAUGCCCUUUCAAGUUUGGGAUUGACAUCUGGUGUAAGGAAGGUUUCCACAAUGGUUGAGAAAUUCAAGCAGAAUAGAUCCAAUUUUGUCCCUGCAAAAAGAAGAAAGAGACAAAAAGAAAAAACUGCUAAUGAAAUGGAAUGCUAG